AUGCUGUGCUUUUUGACGUCGAUCGAUCUGUCUUCCAACAACCUACAGGAAGAGGAGGUUCUGGUGCUCACCAAGGCACUCAGGACCAACACGGUGCUGAAAAGCAUUGAUCUACGCUACAACAGUUUCGGCGCCCAGGGCUGGAGCGCAAUCUUCCGUGCGCUCCGGGACAACCAGAACAACCAGAUCGAGUCGUGGGACCUGUCGGACCAGAAGAUCGAUGCCGAGACAGCCGGAGUGCUGGCUGAAUAUGUCUCAGUCAGCGCGCCGAUGGCCACUCUCUAUCUCAGCAACAACCUUAUCGGUCCCAGGGGUGGCGCAGCGAUCGCCGAGGCUCUGCGAGGCAGAUCGGGACUAACGACUCUGAACCUGAGCUGGAACAACAUUGGCCCCGAGGGUGGCGUUGCGAUCGGCAAGGCCCUCGCGGUCAACUUGACGCUGACCGAGCUCGAUCUCAGCGGCAACUUUAUCUGCGGUCUUGACGAGGACGGUGAAGGUAAGUACAACGAGUCCGGCAUCGUAGCGCUUGCAGAGGCGCUCGGCGCCAAUGCGGUGCUAAAAUCCGUCGAUCUGUGCAACAACAAGAUCAGCCAGCAGGGCGCCGCGGCAAUCGCCAAUGCCCUCAGGUCCAACGCAGCGCUGACCGAGCUCAACAUUUGGUAUAACGACAUCGGCCCCGAAGGCGCAAAGACGCUUGGCUCCGCGUUUGAGCUCAACGCAGAGCUCGCCGAACUCUACCUCGAAGAGACCAAGAUUCGUGACGAGGGCGCCAAGGCGCUGGCGAGGCUUGAUUUUGUCGACCUUUGCGGCAACCUCGGGACCUCGUUUGGUGCGCGUGGUCUGGUGCCACGCGCCAAGGCGAGGGCGAUCAACAGGUUCGACCAGGCACACGACGAGAUCUUCGACAGGCAGAUCAGUCACUUCAUUUCCACGAUAGGAGGCGUCGCGCGAGAGAGCGCAAAUGCAGCCUACAUGCCCCAGAGAGUGGCACGUUUUGUCGACGGCGUCUUCACUCGCGGGUGGGAGGUAGUGGGCGAGGGUCUGAAGAGCGACGUCAUGGCCUCGUACAGAAGCAUCGACCGAGAGCACCAGCUCCGCAUCAAGCAGUGGGCAAAGGGGCCUCCGCUCCAGCUGAACAAUCUGCUCACCUGGGUGCGCGCCAAGGUGCUGUACGCGGCUAAGCCGGCGGACGCGACCAUAUGGAAGGUGAUGCAGGACCCGUUCGGCGCGUCGAUCCUCGCCAUCAAGCUCCUCCCCUUCUUCGGGGUCAACGUGCUCAUCUACACUUAUUUCUUCCUCAACAUCGACCGCAAGGACGAGUACCAGCUCGUGGAGUUCGUCCUUUCCUUCAAGGGCUUCCAAGUCAUCAACGCGCUCUCGCUGGCCAUCAAGGGGGCGCUCAAGUUCUACUACUGCCUAAACAGUCCUGCGACCGAUACCUACAGCUCAACCGCAAACACACUCGAGUACGUCUCAACGGCAAACACGCUUGACGUUGAAAAAUGUCUACUGAUUGCCUCAGACUCAUCUGAGGCAAUGUACUCCGCUUUUAUCUACUCACUCGAGGUGCUGCGGGUUGGGCUUCUCUUUGCCGCCACCUACCUCCUCGUGAGCGGGAAGGCGUAUGGCGGGCUCGGCGAGAUACGCGCCCUCGAGCAGGUGCGGCUCGACGCAGCAGACGCGCGUACCUCGGCGCCGCGCGCGCCGUCCCUUGAGGACCAAAAGCGGAUCGAGAAGGAGAAGACGAGGCGUGCCAAGGACGACAUAAGACGGACUUCAAUUGAGGAGGCGAGGAGGACUUAUGGAGCAGAAGUGAGGACGGGGGGGUACCUGCCGGCCUUCAUGCGGUACGACGCCUACUGCUUGGUCAUCCUCUUGACUGUCGGCUUCGGGCGGCUCCUCUUCACAGGGCAGCUCUCGACCUCGCACUGGAUGUUUUGGCAGACCCUCUACUACAUGAAGAUGGCGUAUGGGCUGCUCUCCUUUCCGUUCCUCGUCUUUCGGCUCCCUCUCGUCGGCAAGGGGCUCGUGCAAGCGAUGCCGACCGGGUACGAUGAGAGUGGCGCGCUCGUGCAGAUGCUCAGUCCCGCGCUAAUGAAGCGCAAGAAGGCGUUUGACGACCGCGCCAGUGCCAGGGCACACGAGCACUCGAUUCGCAAGCUGCAGGCGGCUCGCAAGCGCGAGAGGAGGCUCGACGCGCUUGCGGCGGCGAGGCAGCGGCUCUUGCCCGCCGGCGGCACCUCCGCUGCUUGGGCGGCGGGCACUGUUCGGAGGAGGCGGGGCGGGGCACGACCAGGCGGGCGGGAGGGGUGGCCCUAUAGUCGGCUGGAGGAGGAGGACGGGGAAGAGGACGGGAAUGGUACGUCUGCUUCUCCGACGCCGACAGCAGGCGACCUCGAGGCAGGGAGGCCGCUCCUGUCGCAACUUGAGUUUGAGACUCGCGCUGCCAUCGCCAUGCAAGCCCAGUGGCGCGGCUACCGCGUACGCGCGCAGCCUGCGUGGAGUGGCAUGCCGCUGCCCCGGAUGAAGACAGCUCUGGCGCUGGCCGACACUGCCUUGAUGUGGACAGCGGAGCAGGGGAGGCUGAAGCCCGAUUAUGAUGUCGAGGACAGCGUGGUGGAGGCGCUCUGGCAUCCAGCGUGGCCCCUUGUGGCCGUGUCCCUGGCGCUGUGUCUCGACUUUUGGAUCGCAAAGUCGACAACCGAUGCUUUUGUCUACUUUUUGGGCGAAGGCCUAAUCAGCUUGGCCAUACUCUUCCUCCUCACGCUGCCUUGCGUCGCCUCACUCCCAUUCCACCCUCGCGCUCGCGCACUCACCCUCGCGACUGCUCGGGAACGGGAAGAGCGUGGCCAUGUCACCGUCACGCUCCUCUCGGCCAAACGGCUCAAGGCGGCGGAACGAGCCGGUACCUCUGACUCAUAUGCAGUCCUGAACCUCGGCGCAAGCAAGCGGAGGUCGAGUGUCGUCAGAAAUAGCCUCGACCCUGUAUGGAACGAGUCAUUCUCGUGGAACGGCGUCUUCUCCGACCUCCUUCAGGACGGCCUCGUCGUGACCCUCUUUGACUGUGAGAAAGCCUCCCGUGAUGACUGCCUUGGCAUGGCCCGCGUACAGCUCGACAAACUUCUGCACGCCCGCGAGGCGACUUUCGUCACGCCGCUCUCGCUGCAAGGGUCUGUCCGGGUACAUGUCCAGUGGCGCUCCGCGGCGGCGGCCUGGAUCGAGGCGCGUGGCGCCGCGUUCGCGGCCGCGAGGCUGCCACCGGCACCGGCACCGGCAGGACCACCACAGGUACAGGUACAGCCCGCUUCGCAAGGGGUGCUAUUGGUGCGGCUCUUCUCGGCUAUGAAGCUACGAAGCGCGAACGGGCUGCCUGACCCUUACGCCGAGGUGCGGCUUGGCAACCAUUGCGUGGUCCGCUCGUCCGUGCAGUGGAGGACGCGCGAUCCGAUAUGGGAUGAGAGCUUCGAGUUCAGCGGCGAGAUGGCGCAGCUGCUCGCCGAGCCGCUCUGCAUAUCCCUUUACGACACAGACGGUCGCUUCGACGCCGUCGAUGACUCCCUCGGAGAGGCGACCCUCGACCUCUCGCCGCUCCACUCACGUUGCGUUGCUGCGCUGAGCGGUACCGUGCUAUACAUGCGUACCCAGCCGCGAGGGCAGGUGAACGUCCUCGUUUCAUGGACCUCUGCGCCCGGUGACGGGCCCCGGGACUAG